GAGCAAGUUUCAAACGAACCGCACAGCGAACAACAACAUGCAGUCCCAUCUCAUCGCCAUCCUGCUGGCCACCGUGGCCAUCGGCUCCUGCGUCGCGAAUCCCAAUCUCAUCUCUGGUCCCUCGCAAAUGCUCGAGAUAAUGAGAGCCUCCAGCGAGAUGCAGCGUAAUAAUCCACAACUGGUGUUAGAGUGUUUCGACUAUUAUAAACCCCUUUUGCAAGACGACUAUGACGCGUAUCAGGUUGAGUACAAUCAGUGCAUCGCUAAAUUCGAUGGCGGUAAGGCCGAGGUCCAGCAGCGAUAUGUGCCCGUUGUCUGGGGCAUCAGCAACACCACCUUCGACAGCUGCAUGGAGCUGCUGGACUGUGAUAACAAGAAUAGCAGUGAGAACGCGCUAUCCUGCUACGCCGAACAGGGUCCAAUUAGGUCCAAGGACUUGUCCAGUGUGGCUUUCAAUGCGUCGACCCAAGUCAGUUCGCUGUUGCAGGAGGUCGAGCAACUGGGAUUCACCCGCGAUCUAUGCUGCAAUGCAUCGGCCAGGAACUAUGAGAUCAACUCCGCCAAGACCAACCAAGCUCUUCAGCAAUGCCUGGCAAGUGUAGUUCCUGUGCCAGAAAGUAGCACCACUAGCUCCACCAGCGCCACUUCCAGCACCACCGCUGCCCCCGUUUCCACCGAUAGCCCCACAACCGUAGCAGAAUCCACAUCCACACCAAUUAUAAGUUCGUCCACAACGAGGUCUCCAUCGACAGUGGCGCACUUCAGUGCCGUUGAAAGCAGCAGUGGCAACAGCCAGAACCGAUUUGCCAGGAAAGUGGAAAGUAUUUUGAAACAUAUUGUUUAAGAAUGGAGCAAUAUCAAGGUCCAUAUCAAUAAAAUAUUAAACAAGAACAUUGCAAA